AUGGACAGUAAUAAACGAGAAGGAGAAGAAGAGAAAAAGCAAAGCGAGAAACUAAAACAAUUUCAAAAUCAAGAGGGAGGAAGUUCUGGUUUGAAAGGGAAAUCAUGCAAAGGAUAUCUAUAUUAUUCUUCAACUCUCAAAUCUAACGGCACCAAUCCUCGCUGUAUUGGCAUCCCUCGUUCUCUCCCUCGAAUUCCUAAUUAUGUUGGACAAUCUGAGGAUGAAGCUUCAAAAGAUGGGCGGGCUCUUACAGAUUUUUAUUAUGGUUGUGCUGGGUACUCUGUUUACUUCAAUAAAGACCGCUCAACUGAUAAGCAAGUGGAAAAAACAGAACUUCCAGUCUGUGUGGGUCUUGAGCUUUUAGUGGAUAGAAGAGUUGCUUCUGCAGAUAGUGCUUCUGCUCCGGCUCAUAUCCACCAUAAAGAAGAUGGUCGUGAAUUACCUCAGCCUCAGCCUCGACGUGAAUUGCCUCAGCCCCGAGCACGGAAACCUGCGAGUUCUGCAGCAGAUGAUUUUUUGAACAGGCAAGCUAACACUUUCAAUUGUUUGUGUAUAAUGAUUAGGAAUGCAAGCCUGGUUGCAUCAGGGGUGGCCAAAAACAUGAGAAGAAUGGGGAAUUACAUAAAAGAGAGUGUGGAUGAUAUCUUGUACCCUUACAGACGUCGACCGAAGUAG